AUGGAAGCCCGAACCAGCCUUGGCCUCUAUGUGGCUAUCGCCGCCUUGGGAUGGAUCUUCCACAUCUUGUACAAAGUGUUCAAAUCGCCUCUUUGGCAUAUCCAAGGACCGAUCACUACCAGGUUCACUCGCCUUCCUCUUAAGCUCGCGACGAUUAGCGGCCAGCAAAUCUACUAUAUCCAUGAUCUUCACCAGAGAUAUGGCCAAAUCGUUCGGAUCUCACCUACAGAGGUCUCAGUCUCAUCACUGCCAGACUUUAAGGAGAUACAUCGUGUUGGUUCCGGGUUUGUGAAGAGCGAUUGGUACAGCACUUUCACUCCAGGUCGUGAAGGAGUUUUUGCCAUGCAGGACGUCAAGAAUCACGCACAAAGGAGAAAGUUGUUUGCCAGGCCUUUUUCAAAAACCGCAAUUCGUGGUUCUUGGGAGCACGUUGUCAAGGAGAAAGUCCAGUUAAUGGUGUCACAAAUCUGUAAUGAGUUGGAGACGACCGGAAUCUGCGACAUUUUGAAAUGGUCAACAUUUCUGGCUACAGAUGUCAGUGGCCAUCUGAUGUUCGGGGAGUCAUUCAACAUGCUUGGAACUGGACAAAAAAAUGAAUACAUUCGAAUCCUUGAGUCGGCCACGAAAGGAAGUGGGAUCGGCUCGGAGCUUCCUAUACUCAGAAUUAUCGGUCCAUACGUCCCACUCCAGUCAUUCCGCGAUAUGUUUAGGACCGAUGAGUAUUUGCUCAAGUACAGCCAGCGAGCAGUGAAAAAUAGCCGAAAGAACAGCGAGUCUUGCCGGAACAUCUUCUCGGGCUUAGUGUAUGAGACAGAGAGGGACCGCUCGGCGCUGAGCGAUAUGGAAGUUGCCACUGAAGCAGGUAACCUCAUCAUUGCUGGAUCGGACACUACUGCUGUGACCCUGACCUAUCUCAUCUGGGCCAUUUUGUCCCAUCCGUCACUACGACUUCAGAUCGAAGAGGAGCUCAUCUCAUUGAGAGAUGAAUACAAUGAAGCAGAUCUUGAGUCACUUCCAACACUCAACGCCACCAUCACAGAGACUCUCAGAUUAUAUGGUGCGGCCCCUGGUUCUUUACCACGAACAGUACCGGAGGGCGGCGUGACCCUGGCGGGCUUCUACAUCCCUGCUGGCACCACAGUUAGCACCCAGAGCUACACCAUUCAUAGAGAUCCUAUCCUCUUCCCCAACCCGGACAAAUUUGACCCCGCGCGCUGGUUGCCGGGAGAACGUCAAGCUUCGGAACAAGCACGAAUGGCACUAUCUCCGUUUGGAGCCGGAUCUAGAAUUUGCUUGGGCAUUCAUCUCUCUUGGAUGGAGCUACGUCUGGGAGCAGCAGAGUUCUUUAGGAAAUCUGGUAGUGUGGGACUGGCUCCGAGUGUGAGUGAAAAGAGCAUGAGGCCUGAGCAUUACUUCUUGAUCGCUCCCUCGGCCCAUAAGUGCGAGGUGAUAAGGAAGUAA